CACGAGUUGAAGGGUUUGUGGUUUCCCAAAAGGACACUGAAACCCCGAGCCCUAAACAAUACAGCCAGAGUGGCUCUUUCGAUGAGAGAAUAAAGGAAAUCGAGAAUCAGCUUCGGUUAGCAGAAAACAAGCUGUCUAUCCAGCUGAAUAUAAAGAAUAUGCUUGAAGAGACAAUGCCUGCUUUCACUACAAAAUUGAUUCAACAGUUAAAGAAUUGGCAACAGUCAGGAUCAUCCGAUAACAGUUCCCCGACAGAGAACAUUCUGAACCAAAUUGACGACUUGAGAUCCCUGUUCACCAAAUCCCAGGGAGAUACUAGCAAUGAUGUCGAUCGCCAACAAAAUUUGGAGAAUUCUAUUGGCAAACUGAGAGAAGACCUUACCGAUUUGCAGAAUUAUCUACAAUCGAAGGACCUGGGAACAAGUCAAAAGAGUCUCGAGGAGAGAAUAAGCUCCCUCGAAACGGCAACUUCGACUAAACCCAUGGAUGAAGCAGAGAUCGAUAAAGCUCUAUCUGACCUCAGAAAAGAUCUGGACGACCUACAAGACAAAAUCGAUGAUAAUGAACGGAAUAUAGAAGAAAUGAUCACUAUGAAUUAUUUAAAAAGCCUCGGAUUGCCCGAAAGAGACGAGUUCGAGCGCAUGAUUAAGGACAUCAAUUCUACAAAACAGAAAUUGGAUGAACUUCCUGCAACUCGCCAACCACAGGGCUUCGAAAAUGACGAGCUUAAAAAAGUGGAAGCUGACAUCAACUCUAUCCGUUCGAAUUUGCAAGCCAUCAAAAAUACCCACAAAACGUUCCAAACCCAGCUUACCAACAUCGAUCAAAAGAGAGAAGCCCACGAGGGAAGACUAAGAUCGACAGAGCUGUCUGUUCAGAGCCAACAAACUACUCUCAAUCAGCUGAACAGCGGCGAAGGUAUCAAUACCGCAGGUGAACCGCAAGACAAGGAUCAAAAUCUUCGUGCUCUUGGAAACCGCUUGAAAACGGCAUCCGAGUCUAUCAGUAACCACGGAAUUCAAAUACAGACUAUCGACGAGAAACUGGGCCGCAUGCACAACACACUCUCACAUCAAAACUCGGAUCUCGCGGAGGUCAUGGCUAAAUUGGGCAUAUUAUAUCGGAUGAAGGGCACCGUGGAAGCAAUGGCCCAAACAUCCUCGACAGCUACUGAAUCUCAACCCGUUGAUAAGCAGACUCACAAUGAUAGCAACGACGAACCCAAUACAACUACUGAAGAACCUUCGACACAGAAAGCGGAUAACCGCAAAGACAUCACGGAAAGUGAAAGCCCAUCAUAUGCAGGACCCGAGGGCAGUAGGUGGGCUACUAAUGGCCUAGGGCCAUACUUUGGACUUCCUUCCCAGCAAGACAACGCAGAAGGCAAAAAACCAGCAUCGCCAAAGCAACCACCAUCAGGGCAGGAAUCAUCUCCUGGACUUAAGGAGAGUAUAUGGGCGGAUAAGGAGCCAUCUUUUGGACUUCCCCCUCAAAAUGAUAGACCAAAAGUAUCACCAAAGAAAUCAUCAUCAUUCGACCAGAAGUCAUCGUCUGCACCCACAGGAAAUUCGAAAGCUAUCGGAAAGGCAACGCCCCCUACGACUCCAAACACAAACAACAAUCGUCAUGGUGGCCCACCAGCUAAUGCACCUACCGGUCCAGCUGCCAGAAAAUCUGUCAAAACUCCCGUUGAAUCAAACGCUGGCCCAGCUCCCCGACAGCGGAAUGAUCUAUCCCUCAGUAAAGUUAGGGCAGCAUCUGGAUGGAACGAAUUCUCGAUUGAUGCUGCCCCGAAGGAGAAGCAGAAAUUUGAUGAAGAGCAAGCGGAGAUCGACAGGCUGAAAAAGGAAGGGAAAUACCAACCCCCCUCUUUCACGGAAAAUCUGAAAUGGAAGCAAAAGAAAAAUCCUGGGGAUUCCAAUUCCAAUCCCAUGCUACCAGAUCCUCUCAGUGCCGGCACAGAAUAUCAUGGUGCUACCUCCGCCAAGGAACAAACCUCAUCAUUGGUUGCUAUCUCUGACGAGAUUACAGAGCAGAAGACUCCCGCAAACUCCAAUGAUAAAAUUCUGGAAAGCGAGCAGCCAUCAUCGUCUAGGCGUCCUUCCCAGCAGAACAACCCAAAAGACGAGAAACUAGCAACCCCAAACCUUGACCGGGCCGGCGAUAUCCCAGAAUCAUCAAAGAAAUCUUCAUUGGAGGAGAAGCCAUCAGAGCAGAUACCAUCCUCUGGGGCUGAACGGAGUGCGUGGGCUAAUACAAACCCAAUCUCUGUACUCCCCUCCCCGCAUGACAAUACGAAGGGCAAAGAACGGGAAUCCCCAAAGAUUAACUGGGCUGAAGAGGCCGAAAAUUCACAAAGGCAAUCACCAUCAGAGAAGAAAUCACCCCCUGGGACUAAGGCGAUUAUCUGGGCAAAUGCAGGGCCAUUCACACCGUCCUCUUCGACUGUACCGACUGUAUCGACUGCAACGACUGCACCAAGAAAUCACUCGAAUAGACGGCCAUCUGGGGUUUACACGCCACCAAGUCGACGUUCAUCAUCGGUUGUUAGUUCGGACAUAGGCAAUAGGUCGCCAAAGGGACCGAACCAAGGAGGAAGGGGAAAUAGGGGAGGAAAGAAGUGAAGUAUGGAUAUCAUAUGGUAUAAUAUGUUUGUUUUGGAAUUGUUACCUUAUUUAGAUUGUUGGGUUUUUGGUUAGAUAUAUCCACAUCUUCUGUUUAUUGUUGCCCGAAUAGUAAAUCAAUGACUCCAAGAUCGUAAAUAUUU